UCGCCCUCCUCUCGGCGCCCUCACUGCGGUUCCUUCCAGGGGAGGCAGCAGCCGAAGCCCGAGAGACAAGCCGAGGCCGCCCAGGGCCUUUCCUUCCGCCCACGCUCGCCCCGACCGAGCAGCCGCCCCGAUGCAGGCCAUCAAGUGUGUGGUGGUGGGCGACGGUGCUGUAGGUAAAACAUGCCUACUCAUCAGUUACACAACCAAUGCAUUUCCUGGAGAAUAUAUACCAACUGUAUUUGACAACUACUCUGCCAAUGUGAUGGUCGAUGGGAAGCCGGUCAACCUGGGCUUGUGGGACACUGCUGGACAAGAAGACUACGACAGACUACGCCCGUUGUCUUACCCACAGACAGUUGAAGGAACGAAUGGUAAGGAUUUAACUCCCAGUGGGAAGCGUCAGCCACUCUGCGAUGUGUUCUUAAUUUGCUUUUCCCUGGUGAGCCCAGCAUCCUUUGAAAAUGUCCGGGCAAAGUGGUAUCCAGAAGUGCGACACCAUUGCCCCAAUACCCCCAUCAUCCUAGUGGGAACCAAACUUGAUCUCCGAGAUGACAAAGACACUAUCGAAAAACUCAAGGAGAAGAAGCUGACUCCGAUCACCUACCCACAAGGCCUUGCCAUGGCGAAGGAGAUUGGCGCAGUCAAAUACCUAGAAUGCUCAGCACUUACACAGCGGGGCCUCAAGACCGUCUUCGACGAAGCCAUCCGAGCCGUUCUGUGCCCCCCUCCAGUAAAGAAGAGGAAGAGGAAAUGCCUGCUGCUCUAAUGACCCUUAACCCCCUCCCCCAGCCCCCACUCCAAAACCUUUUGUGCUUUGCUUGGAAUAAUGGAGCAUUCCUGCGUUUCUGUUUUUUUAAAAAAUUGGUUCUCUCCUCUUCUGGUUAUCUUAAACAGCCACCUUACACUUCCCUUUGUUUAAAAAAGUUAGCUUCUCCUUAAUUCUCCUACAGAGAUUUUUUUUUUUUUUUUUAAAGACAAACUUACAUAAAGGCCUUAUUUCUCUCCCCCCCCCCCUUCCUUCCUUUUUCGCUCCGCUUAAUCAACUGUUGCCAAAUUUUUCUGCUCCUUACUCUUCUUGGAUUGCUGUGCUUUGUUACGUGAAGCACCGGACCUGUCUUUUUCCUUUAAAAAGCCAGGCAGGUGUCUUUUAAAAAAAUACUAAUGUUUAUUAGCAGUUGCAACACUUGGAUGGGGUUUUCCCAGGAAGAAAAUAUUUCUCUCUUUAAAAAAAAAAGUGCACUCGUUCAUCCGACAGCUUCUUCACAUCCAUCUUUCAAGCUUGAACAAAUGCAAUAAUUGACAACUCCAGAUUCACCCUUCCCUUUUUAAAAAAACACACAAAAAAACAAAAAAAAAUCAAAUUUACUAAGGUCUGCGAUUAAAGCUAUUUCCCUCCCCCCCCUCAAAAUGUAUUUGUCUUCCUUCCCAGCAAAAUACUAUUUUCUUGAAGGAAAGACGGCUAACUCGGUCAGUGGAAACGGCCAGACAGUAUUUUGACACUAAAAAAAAUCAAUUUACACUACAUUGUCAACACACUAGUUUGUUUUUUUGCUCUUGUACUAUUAAAAAACCCACAAAAGGAGGCCUUCCUGCAGCUAAUGAACAGCUGAAGAGCAGGUUGGUGUUUUUUCUAGAGUAUUCAUACAUAUUUUUCUGGUGGGACUUUAAGCCUAUUACAACUUUUGAGCUGGUCCUCUUCACAUGUUCUUGCUGGACACUUUUCUUAUAGAAUCUCCUCCUGACCCCUAUAAUUUGUAUUUUAAAGCAUUUUUUUGAUUUAUAUUAGCCACUUAUUUUUUUGAUAAGAUAGAGUAGUCCAACAUAGCCUUCUCUCUCUCUCUCUCUCUCUCUCUUUCUUCCCCCCCCCCAAUUAUAUUCAUGGUUUAAAAAGCUUUCUUCAGUCUUCCAAAAUAAUUUGGUGUAAAAAUCGAGGGCAGCUGAUCUACCACUUUUUCUUUUCUUUUUUUAAUAUUUCACUCCACUUUUCCCCUCUGGCUAAUGACUCUGAUCUGCCAGGUAUCCUGAAGCUGUAUUAACUUUACUAACACUGACACGGCUGGUUUUAACAUGUUUUCAGGAACCAGUCAGGCCCGUGAGGUUCUGUACGUCAGAUGCUGGCAAGAACACGUUGAUUUUCCCCCCUCCUCCCCCUUUCAAUUACUAGAACAAAUAUAUACAUAUAUAUAUAUAAAUAUAAAUAUAUAUAAAUGGAGUUCGCAAGAUUGUGAAGUUUUUACAUUGAUCUUUUUUGGUAAUGCAAGUUAGCAGUCUGUUUUGCAUGUAUGACUUAAUAAAUUCUUAAAUCACAGCCG